UACAUCACAACGUCUGCCCCGCCGCAGAGCAAUCUUUCCUUGAGCGGCCUGCACCACACCCUCCCUUCCCCCUCCCCUUAGACACCGUUCAUCGCACGAUCAUCGGUUGCUCGAUUAGCCAAGCUCUUGCUUUUCAUCAGCUUCCUAUCGAAAUUUGUGGAGGCUCUCCUAUUCUGUCAGCACCACCGCGACUCCGAACGAUAUGCUCUCGUCUGCACUUCGGCAGUCCGUGACUGGCCGUGGCCUCCAGGCCGCCCCACGGAGCCGCUUCACGCCUCUGACCGUCCGUCUCCUCUCAAGCACAAGCCCGGCAUCGGCUGCGAGUAUCAAUAAGGUUGUCUCCAGUGCCGCCGAGGCUGUCAAGGACAUCAAGUCCGGCUCUACCGUCCUCUCGUCCGGCUUUGGCCUCUGUGGCACGCCCGACACGCUCAUCAAGGCCAUCUCGGAGAACAAGUCGAUCCAGAACCUGACCUGUGUCAGCAACAACGCCGGCGUCGGCGAAAAGGGUCUGGGCAGGCUGCUUCACACACGGCAGAUUGGCAAGAUGAUUUCCUCGUUUAUCGGAUCGAACAAGUACUUUGAGCAGCAGUACCUCUCGGGUCACGUCUCCCUGCAGCUUACACCGCAGGGCACGAUGGUCGAGCGGUGUCGCGCCGGUGCAUUUGGUAUCCCUGCUUUCUACACCCCCACGGGCUUCGGGACUGCCAUUGAAAAGGGCGAGCUGGUGGUGCGGUACGAGGAGCGGGCCGAGGGCGACAAGUCGGAACCAAAGCCAAAGGAAUGGCAGAAGCCGCGAGAGACGAGAGAAUUCAACGGGCGAGGCUACCUGCUUGAGGAGGCAAUCUACGGCGACGUGGCCAUCGUUCACGCCCACAAGGCAGACGAGAUGGGCAACUGCAUGUUCCGGCUCGCUGCAGGCAACUUUGGCGCCGCCUUUGCCAAGAAUGCAAAGCUGACCAUCGUCGAGGCAGAGGAAAUCGUCCCCGUGGGAACCCUGGACCCCAACACCGUCCACCUGCCUUCAAUCUUUGUUGACCGAGUCGUGCAGGCCACCGAGGAGAAGCAGGUCGAAGUUAUGACCGUGUCGGAUGCCAAGCCCUCGUCUUCCUCCAAGUCGUCUGCUGGAGCGGACGCUGAAGCCAAGGCUGCUGCACGAGCGCGACGAGAGCGCAUCACCCGUCGAGCCGCAAAGGAGCUCGAGAAUGGCGACUACGUCAACUUGGGCGUGGGCAUGCCCAGCCUCGUCCCCUCUUUCCUGCCCGAGGGAAUCUCAGUCGUCCUGCACUCCGAGAACGGCAUCCUCGGCAUGGGCCCUUACCCAAAGACGGCAGACGUCGAUGCGGACCUCGUCAAUGCGGGCAAGGAGACUGUGACCCUGCUUCCAGGCGCAUCUACUUUCUCGUCUGACGAGUCCUUUGGCAUGAUCCGCGGUGGCCACGUCGACGUGACGAUGCUUGGCGCCCUCGAGAUUGGAGCCAAUGGCGACCUGGCCAAUUAUUUAAUCCCCGGAAAGAUCGUGAAGGGGAUGGGAGGUGCCAUGGACCUCGUCUCUUCGCCCAACGAAACCAAGGUCGUUGUGCUGACGGAUCACCUUGACAAGAACGGCCGAUCAAAGAUCCAACAGGAGUGCAAGCUUCCCUUGACGGGCAGUCGCUGCGUCAGCAGAAUCAUCACAGACCUCUGCGUCUUUGAUGUCGACCGCAAGAAGGGCGAGCUCACCCUCAUCGAGCUCCAGGACGGCGUGACACUCGAGGAGGUCAGGGAGAAGACGGAUGCCAAAUUCCACCUCGGACCUGGCCUUGCUUAGACUUGCUUCUCCGGCUCAUUCUCUUUCCGCGCACUUUACAUCACCCACAUUGUUCCAUUCCCACUCGGAGGAGACCAUUCUGACCAAAAAAAAAAAUGUAAUCUCAUUGGUGUCGACAUUGCAGUUAGUAUUGUAAACGCUGUG